AUUUUAUUUCCCAAAUUCAAUUUCCCUUUUUUUCUUCCUCUUUCCCCUUCCCCUCAUCAUUAUCGUCGUCGUGUCAAUCAAAAACCCUAAUUCGUUCCGAUUCAGUUUCAGCCUCGCAAUUUCUCUCUCCUCCCCAUCUCGCUUCCCCUCCGUUUUCUCUCUCCUAAUUCCGACAACCAUCUCCGCCACCGCCUGAUCUAUCAAUCGAUCUGCUCAUUUCUCGAUUUCAUAUAAACAUCUUUCACCAGGAUCAUAUAUUCGCCAGUUAUUUCUCUGCAAGAUGUCAUCGGCUUCAAAAUCCAAGUCCAAGGACAAAAAGGUAGGAAAGGAACAGAAGACUCCUUCAAAGUCGUCUGCAGCUGCAAAUGGGGGUACCGGACUUCCAGCAAGUGCAUAUAAUCCAUUGCUGGGGACAUUUCAUACUCUUGAGGCAUCCUCUACAUACUUGGCUCCAACAAUUAAUGCAAAUGGUCGUUUCCGCAACAUAGAUGAUUCCGAUGAUCAUAGCGGAAGCCCUCAUGAAAGCGGAGGUGAUUAUGAUUCCGCCUCCAACAACGACAGCCGGUCUGUGGAGUCGGAAGAACACAAUAAAGAUAAAGCAUCAAAUGCUGCAGUCAAGCAGGAGGUUAUCCCGGGCGCUGACAAUGACAAGCGAGAGAAGAUACGUCAGAAAAAUGAGAGGAAACAUCAGCGUCAGAAGGAAAGGCGUGCCCAAGAAUUACAUGAACGUUGCAGUGGCUAUCUUAUGUCCAGAAAACUGGAGGCUCUUGCUCAGCAGCUUGUUGUUAUGGGAUUUUCUCAUGAACGGGCAACUAUGGCUCUUAUUUUAAAUGAAGGUCGAGUGGAAGAAGCAGUCGCGUGGCUCUUCGAAGGAGGUGAAGAUGCUGAUAAGCAUAAAGAUCAAAAUAUUGACACGGGGAGCAAUCUGAAGAUUGAUAUAUCCGAAGAGAUGGCUCAGAUUGCCGAAUUGGAAAUAAAGUUCAAAUGCCCAAAGCAAGAUGUAGAAAGAGCCAUAGUGACCUGUGAAGGUGAUUUAGAGAAGGCUGAAGAGAAUUUGAGAUCACUAAAACUAGAUCAACCAACUGUCUUGCCAAAGCCGGAAGAAACUGGUGAUCCUCCAACUUAUAGUAAUGGUAAGAUAUCAUCUGUAACACCAAAUCAGACCAAUGUGAGGUUGUUGCAACCGAAGCCCAUUUCAGCAAGUUUGAUACCUCAAAGAAGGGAUGAAAAAGAUUUUAAUUACACUAAAGCUGCAGUUACUGGUGGAGGACCGGCUCCGAAACCCGCGCCUAAAGUUGUUCAACCGGUUACAAGAAUUCCGCCCAAGUUAGAUUGGCCUAGACCUCAGCAAAUAGCUACAACACCGGCCGAGAAAAGGUGGCCCGUUGGGGCAGGGUCGAACCCUUCGGUUUCUUAUUCAUUGGCACCACCGCUACAAGUAUCGCCUCCACCGGCGGCAAAGGCGGAGUUACGGUAUCCUAGUGUUGUUGGUAAUGAAUAUAGGAGUCUUCAGCCAGGAUCAGUUAGAGAGCCUGUAGUAAUGAUGCAGCGGCCCCAGUCUGUAAAUGCUAAACCGGCCUCUGCAACAAGCAUUAGCUCUUCUCCUCCUCAAGGUACAGCUGCUAGUUGGUAUCCCACUAGUUCGGAGAUUUUGAAGCCGAACGGGUUACUCCCUCACAUACCUAGCACUAGAAGCCUUAGCCCAAACAACUUAACCUCAAACCAGUUUUAUCACCCUUCUCAAUAUCAGCAACAGCAACAACACCAGCAACAUCAACAACACCAGCAACAUCAACAACAUCAGCUACAUCAGCAGCAACAGCAACAGCAACAUCAGCAACACCAACAGCAACAGCAAUAUCAGCAGUUUAUGCCAGUAAGUAGUAGUCCAAUGGAUAAUCUAGGUACUACUACACGUGGGACCUCAUCGUGGGUCAGGAUGGGUGGGUCGCCGACCCUCGCUGCUGCUUCCUCUUUGGGGCUGUUUUCCGGGGUGGGUUCGACCUGCUCAUCCGGGUCAAAUUCCCCCGUGGACUGGAACACCAGUGGGUCCUCCAUGCCAUCAUGUGACUACACUAACAUAGACUGGAGCUUGGAUCGAACUUUCCUCCCACCGAAGCAAAACGGGUUGUGGAACGGGUUGGGAAUUGGAUCCUACUCUAGAGUUGGAACUACCAUGUAUGAUUCAGGACCUUCUGCCAUGGGUAUAGCUUUGAGACCUUCUUCAUCUUCUUCUUCCAAUGGGAAUGGUGUACCUUCUAUGGUUGGAUUGCAGGAUGGUGGAGGAGCGGGUAUCGCUGAUUCGUCGUCAGGUGCCACCGCCAGUUCUCGGGAGUGGACGUCGCCUUUCGAGGGGAAAGAUCUCUUUAGCUUACCUAGACAGUUUGUUUCUUCUCCUACACUUUAGUGUUUGUGUGUUGGGGUAGAAAUCUCGUGAAUAAAAAGUAAAAUCGAAAAAAAAAAGGAAAAAAAAAGACCCCCAGAAAGAUUGUGCUUGAAUUUCAUAUGUUGGUGUUCGUUCAGUUGUUGCUCUUUGGUGGUUAAUUCUCAGUAAAAAAAAAGCUUCCUAUAUUUUCUUUUGCUCUUUAUAGUAGUGAUUUGCGUUUCUUGCUCUCUA